AUGGAAUCGUCAAAUGUUGUGAUCAAUGAUGAAGUAUGUCGAGAAGCACAUUCAGAAAAUACUACUCCGAUUCAAGAUAAGCCUAUGGAGGUUGAUGACUCACUUCUUGUUGAUUAUGUUGGGAAGCAUAGUGAUGAAGAGUUGAUGGUGCUGAAUGAUGCAGUUUCUGUGCCAUUAAGCCCAGAACCAUCCACACCGGUUCAUAAGACUCAACAGGCUCAACAUGAGUUUAGUCCUUCAUCAGAACAGAAAGAUAAAAUGAAGGUUAUGUUCGAAAUGAGUAUGGUUGGUGAACUAACUUAUUUCUUGGGAUUACAAGUGAAGCAAAAGAACUCAGGAAUAUAUAUCAACCAAGCAAAAUAUGCAAGGAAUCUAGUCAAGAGAUUUAGACUGGACAAUGCUGCACAUGCUAGAACACCAAUGGCUGCCAAUGCAAAAUUAACAAAUGAUCCAUCAGGUGAGUCUAUUGAUGUUAUAUUAUACAGAAGUAUGAUUAGAUGCCUUUUGUAUUUGACUGCUAGUCGGCCUGAUAUUGCCUUUAGUGUUGGUGUUUGUUCUAGAUUUCAAUAUAAUCCUAAAGUUUCACACUUGAAUGCUGUCAAAAGAAUCAUUAAAUAUGUUGGUGGAACUUGUGAUUAUAGAUUAUUUUAUAGUAAAGAGUCUAAUUUGUCUCUUGCUGGUUUUUCUGAUUCUGAUUGGGCUGGUAAUACUGAUGAUAGAAAAAGCACCACUGGUGGCUGUUUUUAUGUAGGAGCCAAUCUUGUUGCUUGGAUGAGUAAAAAGCAAAAUUCUGUGUCUUUGUCUACUGCAGAGGUAAAAUAUAUUACUGCUGGAAGUUGUUUCUCACAACUUCUUUGGAUGAAAAAGGUUUUAACUGAUUAUGGGAUAUCCCAAGAUACCAUGAUUGUUUACUGUGAUAACUCUAGUGCUAUUGAUAUAUCUAAGAACCCAGUUCAACAUUCUAAGACUAAGCACAUAGAGAUUAGGUAA